CUUCCGGGUUGAAUUUUCAAAAAAUACAAGAUUUGAACUUCUUCACAUUUAUCUUUUUGAUCUGAGAACAAGACAAUAUGUGAGGAACAAAAUACACAUGUAAAAUGAUAACCUAAUGAUAUAACUACAGAUACCAUUAUAAGAUACUGCAAAUAAUAUAAGAAAUACUCAUACCCACAUAUAGCCAGUAUACAAUGGCAAAGACUAAUAAAAAGUCAGAAGCAACAUACUAUACUCUUCAGAGUCAGAAUGUGUUAUCACCGGAUCAAACAGAGUUAUUUGAGAUGCUACAUUAUGCCGGAGUCGUUAUCGACCCAAAGGUGCUGAAGAUUGUACUGGACUUACUUAAAAUAAACGUUGCACCAUCAGCCAUCGCACAAAUGUUAAAGUCUCUGAAGGCUCAGAAAUACAAAAAGCUUGCAGCCAAAGAUAAAGGUCCUAGUGGUACAAAAGAACAAGGGGAGAAAUCUAGUACAAGUGCAAGACAAACAAGCGGGGCAAGGUUAAGGGCAGGAGCUAGCUAACUUCACUAUCGAGGCACAACUAUUGACACAUGAGAAUCAUGCUAAAGUGAAGGUGUGAACCAAGGUUGUGGAUGUGAUGACCGAUGAGCAUAAAAUAACUCUUUCAAGUGGAAAUUGCUGAAAGUGUAUCAGACAUUCCAAAGUCUGUUCUAAAAUACUGUAGGUACACUUAAUUUGGCUAC